AUCUUUAUAAACAUAAAUACAUCUCUUCACUUCAAACUUCAGAAGAGACCUCCUCCAGUCUCUCCCCCUUUUUUACAAACCUAAACGGUCUUGCAUUUACGGUACUUCCAUAAAUUUGACAGAAAUGGAUUCUGUGGUUUCAAGAAGGUCUUGCUUUAUUGAAGAAGAUGAUGGGUUGGCUUCUUUGGCCGAUAUGGAAGCGGGGUUCUCCGGGAAUCAACACCAUAAUAAUUAUACUUUCUUUUCUAGGCCUCUUUCCUAUGCGAGGAAGAGUAGUUUCUUGAAUCUUCCUUCAUCAUCCACCUCUGCUUGUUUUUCUCCGAGAUCUGGACCCAGGUUCUAUGAUGCCAGAUACGAGGAGCAUCAACCCUAUUUCUUGGAAGCUUGUUUUCUUUGCAAGAAGCUUCUUGGGAAUAGAGACAUCUACAUGUACAGAGGAGACACUCCAUUUUGCAGUGAAGAGUGUAGACAAGAGCAGUUAGAUAUGGAUGAAGCUAAAGAGAAGAGCAGGAACCUCUCUUCAUCUAAGAAGGCUUUAAGGAAGAAAGAGCAGAGGAAAUCACCAACCAAAAAUCAAGAAUACUCGUGCUGUGCUAGUACUGUUGCAGCUGCUUAAUUACCUAUAAUAUUAAUUAUUAUGUUUCGUAAACCAUAAAAAAAAAAAGAUAAAUAGAGAAAACAUGGAGGACCGGAACCGCAGCCAAGGGCCGAAGAGAAAGAAGAAGAAUCACAACCCAACCCAUGUUGAAAUUUUAUUAACCCUUUCUAUAGUAUAACUGUGAAUACAUAUAUAAGGAGUGUGCUUGGAUUGGCUUUUAUGUACUGAGCGAGGAUGAUGGCACUUUUUUUAACCCGGAGAAUUAACCUUUUUGUUUCUUCCUGAACCCUGCUUUGUCCAUAAGAAAUUAAGAAAAAAAAUAAUGAAAUAUACCAAAGAAAGCUCUGAUUGCAGGUUA